CUUGGUUUAAACUGCUGCCAAAACUCUUAUAGUUUGUACCACUUCUGGAAAAGACCCUGGGGACCAGCACUGGAAUCCUUUCUAUUGAUUGGCUGGUUAAAUAGAGGCCUAUUAGAUUCAGACAGGCUAGAUUGAUUAUACAGCAGCAGAAGGAGCUUAGACUCAGAGCUGAGAGAGCAAGAGAGGGAGAGAGUAUGUACUAUAGCAUCAGUAUGUGACUGCUGGUGCCUGAUAACACUGAUACCUAGCUCCCUCAGUGGACAACUUACUGAGCUACCUUUUUCCUUCACGAGAGGAUGCGAGCCUCAAGCUUGUGCAAGCGAUGAUAGACUGGACCUUGGAAUAGUUCAUUUUACUUAUCUCCUAACAAGCUGCAUCUCUGAAGAAGAGGUUCAUUACUGAAAACAAAAAUUUGCCCUCUCCCACUAAACCCACACAGCAUUGAUGAUGUACACAGUUUGAUCCUCCAGGUUAAUUCUGGACACCAUAUUUGGGCCAGGGAAGGAAUAUUGCAGCAGAUUGGCUCGGCCUCAAGAAUGUGGGAAGGUUUUGAUUUCCACUCUGCACUGGCCCCUCAAGAACUUUGUGAAAGUUUGUGAGCCUUCCACAUCCACCCCUUGAUAUCUUCAUGGGAGAUGCUCAAGAUUGUUUAACCAACAUGCAUUUCUGAGCUGUGGGCUACUCAUCAAAUAAAAGGCUUUUAACAUUUUUGGUCAGGAAAACAGAAUGCUUAUAUUCUAUACUCUUUGAGGCCGGGAAUAUUUCAAAAGAGAAGACAUUUUGGAACAACAGAGGGAGAUUCUAAAAAAGGUUGCACCAGAGGCUCACAUCAAAAUUCAUAAGGCCAGUGCAACAAAUGCAAGAGCUGAAGACGAAAAGACAGCUGAGAAAAUAAUUCUCUGGCGAAAUUAAGAUACCUGUGUGUUUGAGCAUUGCAGAAGCAGUAAGAUUGGCUUGGCAGAUUGAGUGAGAGAAGGGAAGCACACAGCUACCAUUGGGCAGUAUAAAAUGGUUGGCUGUGGCAGUCUAUUGUGAAGACCUCGGAACAAAUACCAGAAAUUUCUCCACUCAGUUCUUCAUGAUGUAAAUGCAGUGUGACCUUUCCCCAGUGGGCAGUUAAACCAUGGACAUACUAAAAAAAAAACAUUUUGGACUGUUUUUCUAAACCAGGCUUCACCUUCCCUCUCGGGGACCUAUUAAGGGAUUACAUCUGAAAAGAAAAGCAAAAGAGAGAAGGAAACAUUGAACUGGAAAGUUAUCCUACAAUGAGAAUUAUGAGCACAUCUUGUAUCUGCCCAGUCCUAGUUUGUCUCUGUUUUGUGCAGAGGUGUUAUGGAGCUGCUCAUCAUGGCUCCAUCAAGGUGACCAGAAAUCAAACCAAACACAUAGAAGGUGAAACAGAAGUGCACCAUCGUCCCAAGCGUGGAUGGGUAUGGAACCAGUUCUUUGUUUUAGAAGAACACCUGGGACCAGAUCCCCAGUACGUGGGAAAGCUACACUCCAAUUCUGACAAAGGUGAUGGAUCAGUCAAGUACAUCCUUACUGGAGAAGGGGCUGGAACUAUAUUUAUUAUUGAUGACACUACCGGAGACAUCCAUUCAACCAAAAGCCUAGAUCGAGAGCAGAAGACACACUAUGUGCUGCAUGCUCAGGCUAUUGACAGACGGACGAACAAGCCACUCGAGCCUGAAUCAGAGUUCAUUAUCAAAGUGCAGGACAUCAAUGAUAAUGCACCAAAAUUUACAGAUGGACCUUACAUUGUUACUGUGCCAGAGAUGUCUGAAAUGGGUACCUCUGUUCUACAGGUGACAGCUACAGAUGCAGAUGACCCUACCUAUGGGAACAGUGCCCGGGUGGUAUACAGUAUUCUUCAGGGACAGCCAUACUUCUCUGUUGACCCUAAAACAGGAGUCAUCAGGACCGCCUUGCAUAACAUGGACAGGGAAGCCAGAGAGCAUUAUUCUGUUGUCAUUCAAGCCAAAGAUAUGGCUGGGCAGGUCGGAGGGCUAUCAGGGUCAACAACUGUAAAUAUCACACUCACUGAUGUCAACGACAAUCCACCAAGGUUUCCUCAGAAACAUUAUCAGCUGUAUGUUCCUGAAUCAGCCCAAGUUGGAUCAGCAGUAGGCAAAAUCAAGGCAAAUGAUGCAGAUGCUGGCUCUAAUGCAGACAUGAAAUACACGAUCAUAAAUGGUGAUGGCUCUGGAGUGUUUUCCAUAUCCACUGACAAAGAGACACGGGAAGGAAUUAUUUCCCUGAAGAAGCCACUCAACUAUGAAAAAAAGAAAUCGUAUACACUUAAUAUAGAAGGAGCAAAUACACACCUUGAUUUCCGUUUUUCACAUUUGGGACCAUUUAAAGACGUAACAAUGUUGAAGAUCAUUGUUGGGGAUGUGGAUGAACCUCCACUGUUCUCUAUGCCUUCCUAUGUCAUGGAAGUUUAUGAAAAUGCGAAGAUUGGGACUGUUGUCGGUACAGUGGCAGCACAAGAUCCUGACAGCGCUAACAGCUUAGUAAGGUAUUUCAUUGACCAUAAUACAGAAGAAGAUAGGUAUUUCAUCAUUGAUGCUAACACUGGAACCAUUAAGACUGCCAAGAUCUUUGACAGAGAGGAAACGCCUUGGUACAACAUCACAGUUGCUGCUUCUGAGAUAGACAACCCUGGCCUGCUAAGCCAUGUUCCAGUUUAUAUUAGAAUCCUGGAUGUCAACGACAACCCUCCAGAGCUUGCCAGAGAAUAUGAUGUAGUUGUCUGUGAGAAUGCAAAGCCCGGGCAGGUCAUUCAGACUAUCAGUGCCACUGACAAAGAUAACUCUGCAAAUGGGCCAAGAUUCCAUUAUUCUCUUGAUGAAGGCCUUUCUUUGAAUCCCAACUUUACCCUAAGGGACAAUGAAGAUAACACAGCCAGUAUCCUGACCAGACGGAGGAGAUUCAGUCGAACUACUCAAGAUGUCUACUACCUCCCGAUUUUGAUUUCUGAUAGUGGAAUCCCUUCUCUCAGCAGCAGCAGCACCCUUAUGAUCAGGGUCUGUGCAUGUGAGAGAGAUGGGCGCGUUCGGACCUGCCAUGCCGAAGCUUUCCUUUCCUCAGCUGGUUUGAGCACAGGAGCCUUAAUUGCAAUUCUGCUCUGUGUCAUCAUUCUUCUGGCAAUUGUGGUCCUUUUCAUUACAUUAAGACGCAGCAAAAAGGAGCCCCUGAUCAUUUCCGAGGAGGAUGUUCGGGAAAACGUUGUCACGUAUGAUGACGAGGGUGGUGGAGAGGAGGACACUGAAGCGUUUGAUAUCACAGCCCUGCGGAACCCAUCAGCUGCUGAGGAGCUGAAGUAUCGGAGGGAUGUGCGUCCUGACGUGAAGCACGCACCUAGGCACCAGCCUUCUUCAAGCCUGAACAGUAUAGAUGUUCAUGAAUUUAUUAAACAAAGAUUGGCAGAGGCAGAUCUCGAUCCCAGUGUGCCUCCCUAUGACUCCAUACAAACAUAUGCAUAUGAGGGUCAUAGAUCAGAAGCUGGAUCUAUCAGCUCUCUGGAUUCAGUCACUACACACUCUGACCAGGAUUAUAAUUACCUUGGUGACUGGGGACCAGAGUUUAAGAAGUUAGCUGAACUCUAUGGAGAAAUAGAAUCAGAAAGAACAACUUAGUUACCAUUCCUGGAACAAGAAGUGUUUUAGUUCCCAAACAGGAGAGAGAACCUCAGCAGCGGUAACAAGAAAUGAAUACAGUACUUGGAACUGAGCAAGGUGUACACAGUUACUGUAGAAACAAGUGCCCUUUUCAUAUUUGAAACUGGGUUCUUCAACUGGAAGAAAAUCAAAUUUUGAAAAAUACAGAAAAAAAAAAAGAAACGAUUGUCCUUUGUGUAUAUUUUUUAAUUGCUCAAUAAAGUCUGUGAUACCAUAUCCAUAACAAUACCUAAAAUAAAUGAAGCAAUGACAUUUUUAUUGCAAUAUAUUUAAACAUACCAGAAAACAGUAAGUCUAUGGUGGUGCCUGUUUGUGAGGAUAGUUCACUGGAGAGCUUAUGCAGGCAGUUGUGACAUUGCACUUCAAGCUCUGCACUAGGAUUGGGAUCCCAAACUGAGAUAACCAAUGGGGAUUGUUACUGUUAUACUAAACACCAACAAUCCAUUCCUUUACAGAAGGGAUACAUUGGAAUUAUCCACGCAAAUGGCCCUUUGGUGGGCCCCUAUUAGUAGUACAUUGAAUCUUAUUGAAACAUCAGGCUGCAGUGCAGGUAUGCAGUUUUAUUGUGCCCUCCCCUAAUCUAUUUCUCGAUAACGAACUAAUGGAGAUAGGAGGUAACUGGCUGCCUGCAUAGAUGUGCAUGCAGCCCAUAUCACAAGACCUGCACUGUUAUUGAGUGGUGUAGAAGCUGUUGUUUCCAUUGUCUGUUUCUUUUUUUUUCUUUUUUUAACCUUUCCACAGGGACCUUGUUCCUCUAAAUGGAAUGGUAUGGAAUAUUCUCUGUGCAGUGAAGCAGAUGAGGCAUAGGCUUUCUCAAUAAAAAGAACCGCGGCAGUACAUUUUAACCUAUGCAGUAGUUUGGGUCACUGUGAAUCCUUAGCGGUCAGUGAAUGAAGCUAACUAGGCUUACAUUCCUCUGUGUCCAGGGGCUCCAAUGGUCAAUUUGUGAUGCUAGGGAUCUCCUAUGUCAUAUUUAUUUUGCAUGUGUUACCAAAAGAAAAAUAGACCUGCUGGUAUGAUGUUAACUGAAUGUGGAAAACUGAGACAGCAAGGAAUUUAAGACAAUGCUCCUAUGUUGUUGUUUUUUUAAUGAUAGUUAAAUUAAUUAUUAUUGCCCCAAAUGCUGAAGGAUCUUAGAAGUAUCUCCCUCCAAGCUCAGCAAGGUUUUUUACUAAUUUAAAAUCUGAUGGGUACACAAGUCUAUUAAAAUCAAUGGAGGUGGAAAAAAAUUGUAAUGUAGAAGUGCCGUUACUGGGGUACAUGUAAGUUGAGUAAAUCAAGAUAUUCAGUUUCUAAUUGUUUAUCAUUGUGGAAUUUGCUUUUUCAGCAUUUUAACACUUAAUCCAACUUCCCACAGUUUUUCGAUGGCUAGUGUUUUUAAAGUAAGUUUCUUCUGCUCUUCAUCUUUCUCACGCUCAGACUAUAAAAGGAUCAUGAUCAUGAUUAAUGAUCUUUAAGGUACAACCCAGCAUUAGGAGCAGUGUGGAGCUGCAUAGGCCCUUGGGGAGCUCCAGUUGAAUUCCUUCCCAAGAUAGGAGUGGCGGAAGCACCCUAAAAGUGUGUGUGUGUGUGGGGGGGGGGUGGCACAGACAUCCGAACGGUCUGGCCCCGCCUCCUAUGCCACGCUGCCACCCGCACCAUCCUUGCACCACCCCUCUUCCCCAAGCCCCCGCCAUCACACUGACCCUUCUGCCAAGACCCAGCCCCUGCACGACCUCUUCCCCUGAUGCCCUGCUUCUGCACCACCACUUCCUACCCCGCUCUGGUACUCCUGUCCCAAGCUCCCUAUUGCACAGGGGACGACUGGCUGCUGCUAUGCUACUCUAUACCAGUCCUGUUCUGCUGGUAGUUGUGGAGAGGUGGAAAAACCAUAAUCUCACCUCCUCCCCACCCUUCCCUGCACCUUUGGGCUGCUGUAUGCUCUCUGGUGAGUAGAGACAGAAGCGCUUCUAGACUGUCCUACCGAGCAAGGACCUCAGUUGUAUAUGGCCUUUACACGAGCCACAUAAGGCAAUUGGAAGGCUCCUUAGGACCCUUCUUCCCUACACCACAGCUGAACAAGGGCCAGUCACAGAUUGGACCCUAAUGAUCAGUUCACACUUAACAUUACUUUAGAUUUCUUGAAUUUUUUUGCCAGCCCCUCAUGAAAUUAUUGAAGAGUGCUUUCAGGUUUACAUGGCCUACUGGGCAAAUGGGCAGGAAGCUCACCCAUUUUGAAAGAGAACUGAAGAAGAGCUCUGUGUAAGUUCGAAAGCUUGUCUCUCUCACCAGCAGAAUUUGGCCCAAAAAAAGAUAUUACCUCAUCCACCUUGACACUUUGAGAGAAACAUUUAAAACUCCUUUAAGCUAUUUGCUGCAGCACUUCUCACAAACUCUUAUUAGGCACUUUCUCAUCACCUCCUACUCCCAAGUACAACAAGCAAAUUUUUUAAAAAAAAUAUUGAUGUGCUAAAAUGAAUUUGAACUCAACAAGAGUAUAUAAAAGCAUAACAGUUGUAACAAGACCUGUUUGGGAGGAAAAGUGGAAAAAAAUACAAAAGUAAAUUUUCUCUCUCUUUUUUUUUUAAGUUUGAAGUUCAAAAUUUCAACGGGAUUUGAAAAAAAAAAAAAUAUUGGUCUACUUUACUUGUAAUUUGAGGUCUAUUUAGUCCGGCAUCCUGUCUCAAUUUGCAGGAUGUCUCAGAAGAGAAGUCUUCAUAGGAUCUCAUUCAAGCUGACAUUCCUGUUCAGGGCAGUACUAAAAUAUGUGCUUAAUAUAAAGUGAUUUCAGUGGGAGUUAAGCACAUGCUGAGUCCAUGGAGCACAUGUUUAUGUGCUGUCCUGAACUGGGAUGGACUUAAGCAUGUGCUUAGGUGCGUUCCUGAACUGAAGCCAUAAUUUAUUCAGUGAUGCAAUAACUGAUGUAGAGACAUUUCUUCCGGACUUAAAUGAUGAUCAGUUUAUGCCACCAUGCUAUUAUUUGUAUAGCACCAGUAGAGUGCUAGGGUAAGGAAAUCACUCUGAGACAAAAGCUUUCAAAAGCUAUAGUACCCAUGUUCCCUUAUAUUUUUUAUUACAUCUGCUCAGAAACUAUCCUUCAUUAUUAUAUUACAGUUGUGAGAUAUGGAAUCUAGGGAAGUUUAAUCUGAAUACACCUUCCCCUCUGCCCCCAAAGAGGAGAAAUGAAUUGCAGUUUGAGUUUUGUGCAAUAUUUGAAAAGGUUCUUUUGUAUUAAUUGCAUCAUAGAUACAUGAAGGUUUAAAGCCAAAUAAAAGUGAAGCUUAGUGACACAGGCAGACGGAGUUUCCUAAUGCUCAUAUUUUGACAUUGAGAGAAAGGGGGCACAUCUCAGAAGAAGAGAAAUCCCUGUUUGACCAUUUGUAAUGUUCCAUAUACCAUUGCUGCUAUGCUACACGUAUACUGUACACAGGACGUGUGGAAUUCUGAGGUGUUUAAAGUGCAAAUUCCGCUGUGGGGUUAUUGGGACUCUGCUUCACUGAUGCUUCUGUGUGCUCGCUUUGCUAUCGCCUGGCAACUAUGAUCUCCAAAUGUGCUUUUAUAUCAUGAUAAGUCUGCAUGCUAUGCUUACUGUCUUUUACUCAAAUAAACAUCACAGUGCUGUAUUGUUUGCAUGACAAAGAGCAGAAUACCAAAUCUUCGGAGCCACAGAGAAGGAUCUCAAGGUGGAGAUCAAAUAGGUUUGCCAGAGUUCCCCUCAUUACCUUUCCAUUUUACCCUUGAUUUUCUUGUCCCAGGAACAAACUACAACUAUACUUGAUGCUUUCUGUGUUAACAUAAUUAAACUGAAAGAAAAAGCUAACUCUGUGUGUCAUAGAAGCCAUGAUCAUUUUGUCACACUACUGAUUUAAGCAAAGGUUACAUGGAGUGAAAAUAUUGUGUUAAAAUCUUUUCUAGUUGCGGUUGAGUCUGAUUCUAUAGACUGCACUUAAAUCUUUCUUGGAUCACUUGUAUUAGUCAUUUUUUUGAACAAUUUACUCUGAGCCCAAACAUUAAUUCUAUUGCAGCUCUGCCAGCUUAAGCACUGGAAUCUGCUCAACUUUUCCUAAAGCUGGAUGAUCCUGAAUCAGAAUAAAGCUAUCUGGGUAUAAUAAUAGUUAAGUGCCACCUUACAGGGGUUACUUAAGCCUUACUAAUUAUUUCUGCAAAAGCUGGCUGAUAUUUACAUCCAACCAAUUAAUCAUAUUAAUUCAAACAAGUCUUUUUUGUUUUCAAGGUGCUGGGUGAGGGGAAAUGAUCAGCGCAAAUACAGGGGGAAAGAAUAGAAUCUAGAAGUGCACUGUCAGGUUAAAAAUCACAAAGCUUGAUCCAAUGCCUAUUGAAGUUAAUGGAAAGAUUUUCAUUGACACAUUGGCAUGGCCGGCAUUACGGGGUAGGAAGCAGGGUAACUGCUUGGGGCCCCACACUACAGGGGGCCUCAUGAAGCUAAGUUACAUCAUCUCUACAGAGUUACUAUGGGUAAAUGUAAUGCGAGUAUUACAGUAAUUUAAUCUCUUAAAGUGGAAAAAAAUCAGACUGAAGCAGAGGUUUUGAAACUGUGUAGUGUGCCUCUGUAGGGGGUGGGGAGGGGUGAGCGGCCACAGCAGGUGGCUCAGUCUUCAGCCCUGGGCAGCAUGGCUCGAGCUUCGGCUUGAGCGGAGUUGGGGCCCACUCCUUAGUUUCUGUCCUGGGCUCCAGCGAGUCUAACGCCGACCCUGCAUGUUGUGUUGUUGGAUUUGGCAAGAAAUCAGUUUCUUUAUCAGUGCUACUAUUAACACCUUGGAUGUGUUUUAAACUGAAAAAAAAAACAAAACAAAAAACUAAAAGUCCAAAAUAUUUUCCAUUCUCUAAUGUGCUUUGUUUACUUUUAGCAUUGAAACAUGAAAAUCAUUGUAAUCCGUUUUGCUUUCAGAUUUGAAGUUGCUCCUAUGUUUGAAUUGCAAAUACUGCAGGGUAAUACUCAUUGCUAUAACAACUAUUUCUAUUGGUACUUAAAAAAAUGCAAUGUUUCUGUUGUUCUUGGGCUUUGUAAAACCUCAUUUUACAAAAUUUUAAUGUCAACCAAGUUGGAGUUAACUGUGUCCUGUAAACUCCUCUAGACACUGUCAUACAAAAGAAUAAUGAAGGAAACUUUAAAAAUCUAGAGAAUAGCAAAUUGUGCUGCAUAAGGUAAUUGUUUUGGGAUUGCAGUGUACUCGGGAUCUUGUACUUGCCAUUCAUAUAAAAUAGCACAAUGUAUUCUGAGGAACAUUAAAAGCAGCAUUGCAAGUAUUAGAUCAUUCUUACUUUUCCAAAGUCACCAAAUAUAUAUAUUUUUUUAACAAAAGAGAAAUGUUAAAAGUAUAAUAUUAUACUGAAUUAGGUUACAAAUACCUCCUUAAGCAAGUGUUACCGUUAGAGAUUGUUACAUUUUUCUUUGAAUAAACAAA